CUCUACUGAGGGAAAUGCCGACCCUCUUCAUCGCGGUUCAGUGCUUCCAAUGUUCCACCAUGCAGGUUAAGCAGCAGAAGAAGAGAAGCAACAAGUGGGUCUGCGUGGUCUGCAACCAGAGGCAGUCGGUGCGGCGGAUCCAUGCCCAGGGCCCCCUCGCCCGCGACCUCCGCCACUUCGUCCAGGCCUUCAACACGUCCCGAUCGGACGGGCCCCAUCCGAUCCCGCCCCCAUCGGAGGGCUCCCGCUCUCCGAUGGCGGCCGCGGAGCACCGCGGUGGGGCGAAUCGGGGGAAGAGGAGGAUGGAUUGGACCGAGUACUUGGAUCUCCAAGAGAACAAAGGCGAAGGAGGCGGUGGAGACGAGGAGCCGGACAUGGUGACGGAAUUGCCCCCUAAAAUGUGUAGACAUCCCUUCCCGAAACGCCCUCCGACCGCUGGAAACGAAAACAAGCGUCUGAAGCCAAAUUUCCCGAAGAAAAAGAAAGAUGCGGCCCAUCCCCAAGAUAGCAUUGGAUCCAAGGGAGGCGGUAUAUCCGUCGCAAUGAAAGGACGGUCGAGAUGGAGCGAAUACUUGGAGGAAUUUGAUGGGUGCUCCCAAGGAGAGGAAUUUUCCAAUCCAACUGGUGGUCUGGAACCUUGGGGUGGAAGAGAGAAUCUGUUACCAGAUAUGAGAGUGGAGGAGGAAGUCCACCCCGACUUCCAGUAAUGACUUAAAGUUUCUACAAGAUGUGUUCUUUCCUGGCUUACACGACUCGUUGCUUUGUUCGAGAGAGGUGAUUGCUAAUGCUUUUUGAAAUUAAUUCUGCUCUAUCACUUGGACGUGGAAGCAGCAAUUCAGUGGAGAUAACGUAGCUCGGAUACCCAUCAAGGAGCGGCCUAAGGAAGGAUUUUUCUAUCAUGGUGGUAUUGUUAUUAUUGUUGCAUGUUAAUAUUGUGUAUGCUUGGAUGCUUGCACUGUAUGCCCAAUUGGUUCAUUUGUUUUGACGUAUAGGUGCAUAAUGCUUUAUGCAAUUUCAAAUCUGUUUCAUUUGUGGGGUUUGUUAGCUUCCUAUAUGUCAGACAGACACAAUAUCUAUACGUCAUUGUUUUAUCCGCAGAUAUUAAACUAUAUUGAUUCAUUUCAGAAGUCCUCUAACCUAUGACUUUAGAAAAGAUAAGGUUGCCAAUGUACCGCCUUUUGAAAAUUCUCAGAAAGAAAUUGAGUUCAAGCCUUCGUAAACACAAGGGAUAUUUUCGAUCUUGUUGAAUCAAUAUGGUUAUUUUCGAUUUAUGUCAGUAACAAAUUUGUGUCAAGCCUUUAUAAUAAAUUUAUGUCAAGUCUUCGUAAACAGAAGGAAUAGUUUCGAUCUUGUUGGAUGUAUUUAUAUUAAAAUAGUAUGACUCUUUUGCCUCAUAAAAAAAAAAA